AUGGCCUUCCCACACCCCCUGUCGGCUCUCAGCAGCAGAGAGACCAAUCUUGCACGAGACAUUGUCAAGAGUGUCCACCCUGGUUCAUUGCUUUACUUCCGACAAUCCUACCUCUUCGAGCCCCCAAAGGCAGAAGUUCUCAAAUUUCUUGAGCUCGAGCACUCUGGGGCUCUGCAUACUACUUCUCCACGACCUGAUCGCUGCGCACAGGUCUUCUACGAUAUUAUCGGUGGAGAUCAGAAGACGCAGUACUAUGAGUCGGUGGUUGAUCUUACCAAGAGGACGAUUGUGGAGCAGGAGGUUGUUACACCUGAGCACCAAGCCAGUCUGACCAUGGCUGAGUUUGAUGAGGUUGUUGAAGCUGUUGGUAAAUCAGAACUUUUCAAGGAAAAGUUAAGCAAGAUUAAGCUACCAGAGGGCUUCGAGCCUGUUAUCGAGCCAUGGCCCUACGGCGCGCCUGAUCUCGCAGAUGGUAACACGCGAUACUUUCAAGCCCUGGUCUUUGCCCGCGACACACGCACUGGCCAUCCCGACUCAAACUUCUACGCCUUCCCCGUCCCUCUGAUUCCUGUAAUGGACUAUAGAACGAAACAGAUCGUUCGAGUAGAGGAGCCAGCUACCGGAGGUAAAGGCGAUAGUCUUACAGAGAAGACACAUGCCCCUGGUCUUCUUGAUCACUGUCAGCCUGCUGAGUAUGUCCCUGAGCUUCUACCCGGUGGCACGAGGACGGAUUUGAAGCCUUUGAUGGUUGUUCAGCCGCAGGGGCCGAGUUUCUCUAUCACAGAGGGGAAUCUUAUCCAGUGGCAGAAGUGGCGUAUGAGGGUUACUUUUAAUCCCAGGGAGGGAGCUGUUCUUCAUGAUAUUCGGUAUGAUGGACGGCCGAUUAUGUACAGAUUGAGUUUUAGCGAUAUGACCGUACCUUAUGCUGAUCCUAGAGCACCUUAUCAUCGCAAGCAGGCGUUUGACUUUGGUGAUGGAGGUCUCGGCAACGCUGUCAACAACCUAACCCUCGGCUGUGAUUGCCUGGGUGUCAUCAAAUACUUCGACGGUGUUCUCAUCGACUCCGAUGGUACCGCCCAAGACACAAAAAACGUCAUCUGUCUUCACGAACAAGACAACGGUAUUAACUGGAAACACACCGACUGGCGCACAGGCCGCGCUGUGGUAACUCGUCGUCGCGAAUUGGUUAUCCAGUUCAUCAUCACACUUGCGAACUAUGAGUACAUCUUCAACUACAAGUUCGACCAAGCUGCAGGCAUCACUGUUGAAGCCAGAGCAACGGGUGUUGUAUCUGUCGUCAACAUCGACCCCGGAAAGACCAGUGACUGGGGAAAUGUCGUCAGUCCUGGCGCGCUGGCACAGAACCAUCAGCAUGUUUUCUGCGUGCGCAUGGAUCCAUCUAUCGACGGCACAGAAAACACUGUCGUACAAGAGGAAAGCCUUCCACUGAGAAUGGACCACAGAACAAACCCGAAUGGAAACAUGUACGAAGUCCGCCAAACACAAAUCACCACCUCCCAAGGCGUCGACGCAGCACCAUUUAACAACAGAGUCUUCAAAGUCCAGAACCUCUCCAAGCCUAACCCCAUCACCGGCAAACCCGUCGGCUACAAGCUCACCCCGCCGCCAACGCAGCUCCUCCUCGCCGACCCCAACAGCACGCAGGCCAAGCGCGCGCUCUUCGCAAAGCACCACCUCUGGGUGACGAAAUACAAGGACCACGAGCUCUACGCCGGCGGCCGCUACACGCUGCAGAGCAAGAUCGAGGUUGGCGGUGUGAGCGACGCGGCGGCGAGGUGUGACGAUGUGCUGAACCAGGAUGUUGUGUUGUGGAGUGUGUUUGGGCUCACGCAUAACCCGAGGAUUGAGGACUGGCCGGUUAUGCCAGUUGAGAUGCUGCAGGUGCAUUUUACACCGGUGGAUUUCUUUACGGGUAAUCCGGCGAUUGAUGUCCCUUCGGAUAAGGAUGUUGGAUCGAGGUUGACUUCGGGGUGCUGCAAGGAGGGACCCAAAUUGUAG